AUGACGAACAGUCAAGUACAUCAUAACAUUACAGUACCAACAACUGAAGAUGAAAUUUUCAAGUUUACCAAGUUUGAACUUUAUUACAUUGGUGCAUGGUUUUAUCCUGGUUCCAGUAAAUUUGCGGCAAACAUCCGAAUGAUGAUCAAUUUUUUCAUCAAUACCAUCAGCGUUCUGGCUCAAUAUAGCUAUGCGUACAUAAUUCGAAAGGAUUUGGUAGUUUUGUUGGAUUGCUGUUGUCCCGCCACGACAAUGGGAGUUACUUCGUUCAAAACGUGGAUCCUAUGGUGGCGAAAAAAUGAGCUAAAUGACAUUUUUGAGACAAUUAAAGAAGCCUUGAAACGAGAAAUUGAUGAGAAAGGAACAUGGUACACUAUCAUGCAAUUAAUUUACAAUUUUCAACAUUACGGAGAGUAUUUUGAGGUACAACUCCCUUUUAAAAGUUGGUGGCCCUUCAACUACAAACAAAGCCCGAUGUAUGAAAUAAUGUUCGUUUAUUCGUUUUACAGUGGAGUUGUUACGCAAAUUAUGAUUCCCGCGUGUGAUGGACUUUUUCUGGACAUUUAUUUGCAUAUCGGAACACUUUUUGACUUACUUUGUUACGACUUGGAAACCGUUUGUCAUGGAAUUUUCGUUGAUGACGAAGAUUUUUCUUCACUUCAAAAAUUUACGCCUGAACAAAAUCGUGCGAUUUACAAGAAACUCUCCCAAAUAAUGCAAAAACAUCAAUUUAUCUUUGAUUUAUGUGAUCGUGUCCUAAAAUUCUUUCGCGAGAUAAUUUUUUUGCAUAUCGCAUCGGCAAGUCUCAUCAUCUGCAUGAGUUUAAUGGACUUGAUAUUGUCGCCAGGCGUCAAAAAAAUGAUCUACAUCAACUAUAUUUCGGCAGCGGUAAUGCAAGUUUUCGUUUACGCCGUCGCUGGAAGUCAUUUGGAGGAAAAAUGCUUGUCUGUGGGCGAAAGUGCCUUUUUCAUGCCAUGGAACCGAAUGGAUGGCAAGACACGUGCUUUGGUCCAAAUGCUGAUUAUUCGAGGACAGAAACCGAAGAAAAUUGAAGCGCUCAUUGUGACAGCUUCGUUACCUUCGUUUACAUCGAUUAUGCAAGCAGCUGGAUCUUACGUGACUUUGCUACAAACAUUUAUUCAUUAA